CCCUCGGGACAGGGGAGGCGGGGCCGCCGGGGGACCUGCUGCUGGAAGAGCAGCGGCCCUCGCCGGGGCCAUGGCGAAGCUGCUGAGCUGCGUCCUGGGCCCCCGGCUCUACAAAAUCUACCGGGAGCGGGACUCGGACAGGGCCCCGUCCAGCGGCCCCGGAUUCAUACUAUCAGCCCCGAGCUCUGGAGAAACAUGCUGACAGCAUCCUGGCACUGGCUUCAGUCUUCUGGUCCAUCUCCUAUUACUCCUCUCCCUUCGCCUUCUUCUACUUGUACAGGAAAGGUUACUUGAGCUUGUCCAAAGUGGUGCCGUUUUCUCAUUAUGCGGGGACAUUGCUGCUUCUGCUGGCAGGUGUAGCCUGCCUCCGAGGCAUUGGCCGUUGGACCAACCCCCAGUACCGGCAGUUCAUCACCAUCUUAGAAGCAUCGCAUCGGAACCAGUCUGCAGAGAACAAGAGACAGCUCUCCCACUACAACUUCGACUUCCGCAGCUGGCCAGUCGACUUCCACUGGGAAGAACCCAGCAGCCGGAAGGAGUCCCGAGGGGGCCCUUCCCGCCGGGGCGUGGCCCUGCUCCGCCCAGAGCCCCUGCACCGGGGGACAGCAGACACCCUGCUCAACCGGGUUAAGAAGCUGCCUUGUCAGAUCACCAGCUACCUGGUGGCACACACGCUGGGGCGCCGGAUGCUGUACCCCGGCUCCGUGUACUUGCUCCAGAAGGCCCUCAUGCCUGUGCUGCUGCAGGGUCAGGCCAGGCUGGUGGAAGAGUGUAACGGGCGCCGGGCAAAACUACUCGCCUGUGAUGGCAACGAGAUUGACACCAUGUUCGUGGACCGGCGGGGGACAGCUGAGCCCCAGGGACAGAAACUGGUGAUUUGUUGUGAGGGGAACGCAGGCUUCUAUGAGGUGGGCUGCGUCUCCACACCACUGGAAGCUGGCUACUCAGUCCUGGGCUGGAAUCAUCCAGGCUUUGCUGGAAGCACGGGCGUCCCGUUCCCACAGAACGAGGCCAAUGCCAUGGACGUGGUGGUCCAGUUUGCCAUCCACCGCCUGGGCUUCCAGCCCCAGGACAUCGUCGUCUACGCCUGGUCCAUUGGCGGCUUCACUGCCACGUGGGCAGCCAUGUCCUACCCAGACGUUAGUGCUGUGAUCCUGGACGCCUCCUUCGAUGACCUGGUGCCCUUGGCUUUGAAGGUCAUGCCGGACAGCUGGAGGGGCCUGGUGACCAGGACUGUGAGGCAGCACCUCAAUCUAAACAAUGCGGAGCAGCUGUGCAGGUACCAGGGCCCCGUGCUGCUGAUCCGGAGAACCAAGGACGAGAUCAUCACCACCACGGUUCCCGAGGACAUCAUGUCCAACCGAGGCAAUGACCUCCUCCUGAAGCUUCUGCAGCAUCGGUAUCCCCGUGUGAUGGCCGACGAAGGUCUUCAGGUGGUAAGGCAGUGGUUGGAGGCCUCUUCACAGGUGGAGGAAGCCUCGAUUUACAGCCGAUGGGAAGUGGAGGAGGACUGGUGUCUGUCUGUCCUCCGCUCCUACCAGGCAGAACACGGGCCUGACUUCCCCUGGAGCGUAGGGGAGGACAUGAGCGCGGACGGACGGCGGCAGCUGGCUUUGUUUCUGGCGCGAAAGCAUCUGCACAACUUCGAGGCCACACACUGCACCCCGCUCCCGGCCCAGAACUUCCAGAUGCCCUGGCACCUCUAGGGACCAUGCUGAGACUCACUCUAGAAGAAUGAGCCAUGAGGAGCCAUGAGAAAGGAGCCACUUAUUUGUGAUUCUGUGUUCAUGUUGCUGUUUAUAGUUCGUGGAAGUGGGGGACCAUCCCCCUUCUCACCUUGCACGUUUCCUGUCAUCCUGCCCUUCUUCAACGCACACCCUGCAUAAUAAAUGGAUUAUUCCUAAUAAUUAAUAAAAAGGUAUUUUUUCUACUA